GAAGCCCUUGAAUCUAAGACUCUAUAAUCUGGAAUUUCAGCGUGGGGAGAUCUUCCUACAUUUGUGCCUCUAAUCUCUAGCUCUAAAUUGCAAGUGAAUUCAAGGAAGGAAGAGACUUUUAAGGGAUCGCCCCUCAAAAGGAUGAGGCAGAGAUUAUCUUAUUCCAGAGAGCUCCAGUACCCUCAUCCUAUCCUCCUGUAUGAGAAUCCCUAGUUACACAGAUCAUUCCCCUAGUUACAGAAACACUUGAGUCUUUACCCUUUGUCAUACUGAGCUCUUAAUUGGCUUGACCCAUCACAUUGCUAGAUAUAAAGGUUACAAUCCCUAGACUAAGUAGGUCUCCAGCUGGGGUAGGGAGUCACAGCCAAGACAAGCAGGGUACAAGAACCUAGCGUGCUCCCUCACCCAGCCUCCUAUAGACUAGCUUUUUAGGAGGACUAAGAAACUGAUACUCAAUCCCAAUUUACUUUUUCCUUAUCUUCCAUCUCACAGAUAGGAAAACCUACAGAAGAAUCUUAAGGGCUGGAAGAAGCAGCUGAGAAGGAGACGGCAGAAAGAUGGGGAGUGGAGCCAGUGCUGAGGACAAAGAACUGGCCAAGAGGUCCAAGGAGCUAGAAAAGAAGCUGCAGGAGGAUGCUGACAAGGAAGCCAAGACCGUCAAGCUGCUAUUGCUGGGUGCUGGGGAGUCAGGAAAGAGCACUAUCGUCAAACAGAUGAAGAUCAUUCAUCAAGAUGGCUAUUCGCCAGAAGAAUGCCUGGAGUACAAGGCCAUCAUCUAUGGGAAUGUGCUGCAGUCUAUCCUGGCUAUCAUCCGGGCCAUGUCCACACUGGGCAUUGACUAUGCUGAACCAAGCUGUGCGGAUGAUGGGCGACAGCUCAACAACCUGGCUGACUCCAUUGAGGAGGGCACCAUGCCUCCUGAGCUGGUGGAGGUCAUCAGGAAGUUGUGGAAGGAUGGUGGGGUGCAAGCCUGCUUCGACAGAGCUGCAGAGUACCAGCUCAAUGACUCGGCAUCUUACUACCUGAACCAAUUAGACCGAAUUACAGCCCCUGACUACCUCCCUAAUGAGCAAGAUGUGCUACGAUCCAGAGUCAAAACCACAGGCAUCAUUGAGACCAAGUUUUCUGUCAAAGACUUGAACUUCAGGAUGUUUGAUGUGGGAGGGCAGAGAUCAGAGAGAAAGAAGUGGAUCCACUGCUUUGAGGGGGUCACUUGCAUCAUUUUCUGUGCAGCCCUCAGUGCCUAUGAUAUGGUGCUGGUGGAAGAUGACGAAGUGAAUCGUAUGCAUGAAUCCUUGCACCUGUUCAACAGCAUAUGCAACCACAAGUUCUUUGCAGCUACUUCCAUUGUCCUCUUUCUCAACAAGAAGGACCUCUUUGAGGAAAAAAUCAAGAAAGUCCAUCUCAGCAUUUGCUUUCCAGAAUAUGACGGGAACAACUCUUAUGAGGAUGCAGGGAACUAUAUCAAGAGUCAGUUCCUUGACCUCAACAUGAGAAAAGAUGUCAAAGAAAUCUACAGCCACAUGACCUGUGCUACAGACACGCAGAACGUCAAAUUUGUAUUUGACGCAGUUACAGAUAUUAUCAUCAAAGAAAACCUCAAGGACUGUGGACUCUUCUAAUCCUCACCAUUCCUCAAGUAUACAUUCUAUACACAGGCUUGGAAUCUGGGUAAUUUCAAGCAGAAAAUUAUAGGUCAAUAUACCACGACAUGAAGAACGAAUUCAUUCUCCCUUGGAGAUGGAGUAUGCAUGAUUGCCACUGUGGCUCAUACGUUCUUUUCAAAAUGGGAUAGUUAGUGCAGUUUAACGAGCACUGGCCAGGGGUCAGAAGACCCAGGUUCCAGUACUGGUUCUGCUACUUACUAUAAUAAUGUCAAUAUUUCAUUUCUCUGAGCCUUGAGUCCCUCAUCUAUAAAAUGAAGGUAACUUCCCUACUACUUCACAGUUAUUCUGAUGAUCACAAACAUAACUAAAGGGAAGGCAUGUAAAAGCUGUGUGGUUAGAGUCACAGAAAGAAAUCCUAUAUAAAAGCUGCCAUUUAUGAAAUUCAACACCAUGCUUUUAGAUGAACUAUCCCAAGCAAAACAGUUAAUUUUCCCUACAGUCUGCAAAAAACAAUUAAAAACAAAACCUCA